AUGGAGGGCGAAAAGCAGACACGCGCUGCUCGAGAACUCAGCCAUUGCCAACUCAACCACGGAAGUGAGAGAGGACUGACACCUGAUCAGUACGUGGCCAUCAAGAGACAAGAGGGUGUCGAGCUUGUAAUGGCUAAGUUCAAUCGGUGGCUUGAUAAGAGACUCGCAAUUAUCUCCUGUAUGUCACAACGCAUUUUCUUUGCUCAUGCAUGUGAGGCAUCUGAAGCGUCGGGUAGCUCCGCUGGUAGCUCUAAAGGUACAGAGUCUGGAAGUGGCAGUUCUGAGCAAGGCCAAUCAGGUCGUUCAACUAGAACAAAACGUCGAUUAGGUGGAGACGACCAGGAUAAUUCUUCAGCCGGGGGUGAUGAAGGUGAUCCGGAUAGAGGUGGCAGUAAGCGUGCGAAGAAAGAUACGGAAUCGGAGCGAAAGUUCGCUUGCCCUUUCUACAAAAAUGACCCAAAAGCGCAUAACAAACACCGAAGUUGUGCUGGCCCAGGCUGGACUUCCCUGCAUCGCUUGAAGGAGCAUCUUUAUCGCGCUCACCGAUUGCCGAAACACGUUUGUCCUAGAUGCACUGAUCCCUUCGAUGAUGCUAAGGAUCUAGCUGAACAUAUUCGGGCUGACGUGCCUUGUGAGAAGUUAGAUGUGGUUCCAGUGCUGCAAGGCAUCGAUGAGGCCACCGAAGCAAAGUUAAAAGUGCGAAGGAAGAACUGUCCCGGCAUGACUGAUGAGCAGAGAUGGGGAGAGAUUUACAAGAUCCUGUUCCCAAGUGCUAACUUUAAUGCUAUGCCAACACCAUAUUAUGACGGCAACGAUUCCCUGGGAUUCUCUAAACGUGCUGAAUGGAAAAAGGUAGAGAAGCGGCUCAGAAAAGAGUUGCCUAAGUUUGUUCAGAAGAAGGUCGAGAGGUCAUUCGAGAAAGUUCAGGCAGAUAUGCUGGUCGGCCUCCCUGACAUCAUUCGCGAUGGUCUAUUCGAGUUCUUCAAGGAUCUCCCACAUAAUGAUUUGUCGGCAUCGGCAACUCCUGCUGCAACUCCAAGGGCUCGUACGCCUAGUUCUCCUGUCGCAAGGGAACAGCCUGCUCCGACGAGUGAGGAAGACAAGGACGCUUUGCUGGACGUGUCGUAUUUUCUGGACCCUACGAUCGAUGAGUUUGACAUGAGCCCGUUUGACUUUGGCAAUCCUAACGACUGCCACUUUUUCGACAAGUACUCGGACUCUGGUUAUGCUUCUACUAGCACGGGGAGGGACGGUACCGUCGAGACGGAUAUUUGA